UCUGGCAGCUGGGGGAGAAAAACAAAGAAAAAAGAAAGCAAAACAUGCUGUCGAUGAUUAAGCUUUCCGAGCUUCAAUUUCACGGCGAUCUCUUAUCGCCACCUUUGCCAAUUACAUGUGUCUCAUUUACAGUUGGCAGAUAAAUUCAUGUUCCAUAUUUUGGCGAAGCCACGCCACGUUAAUCUAGUCGACAAAUCGUGACAAAUUGCACAUAGUUUCGCGUUGUUUUCUAUUUUUGUUACAUCUCCAAAGCGAUCGGCUAGAACUGGCAGUUGCCAAGACGUCGCAUUUCCAAUCAGUCGCUUCGGUGCUUACCUCUAGAUUUCUUUCCCAUCUCUGUGUUUAGUGUAUUUGCAUGUUUGAAAAUAGUAAAAUCUGUGCAUCAUGACCCGCAGCAGGUCGUGGACCCUGCCCCGCCUCUCGGAGGCGCAUGUGUCCACCACCUUUGGUCUCCUGGGAUCCGUCCGGCUCACCUACGCUGUGUGCGCUUUCAUAGCCACCAGCCUGCAGGCAGCCAUACGCAACAUGCUCGGCCUGAUCAUCCUGAGAAUGGUAAAACCCCGGCCGGAGGAUGCACUGCAACAGGCUCUCCAGGCUGCGAGCAAUGUCACAGCUUCAAGCCGGUGCGGUGGCUCUCGGAUUGCUUUGAACACAGCGAUCCACGUGCCAGAGACCGGCGACUUACCAUGGUCCCGUAACCAGGAGCUGGCGUUUCCCGGAGUAUACUACUACGGCUAUGUGGUUUCUAUUCUGAUAUCCGGUUACCUGGCAGAUCGAUGCAGCAGCAAGGUGUUGUUCAUGGUAUCCCUAAUCUGUCAGGCUUUAGCCUACAUCCUGGUCCCUUUAAUGGCUCAUUACAGCUUCGAGGCGGCUGUGGUCGACCUGGUGGUGUGCGGCCUGCUAGCGGGCUGUGGAAAUCCGUCGCUAUACAAACUGUUCGUCACCUGGGCUCAUCCCACGGAGCGCACGGCGUUGCUGUCUUUCGCCUACAGUGGCAUGUUGGUGGGAUCCAUGAUAGUGUUCCCGGUGGCCGGCUAUCUCAGCAACUUCGGAUGGGAACUGUCCUUUUUUGUAGUGGGUUCAGUGACUCUGCUUUUUGGCAUUGCCUGCAACUGGCUCAUCUAUGACACUUUGGAACAGCAUCCCCGUAUUUUGGAUGAGGAGGUGGCCUACCUCAGACAGGGAAAGAGUCCUCCAGAGCCUCAGGCACCGCAGGUGGUGAGUGUUCCCUGGAAGAGCCUGCUAACCGCUCUACCGGCAUACGCUUUCGUUUUGACUCACGUGUUCCACUGCUACACCUUUCUGGUGAUCUCGCUGCUAAUGCCCCGAUUCAUGAGCGAAGCCAUGGAGUAUGACCUGAACGAGGUGGGCUUCCUCUCCGCGGCCCCGUAUCUGGGCGGGAUGUGCUCGAAGGUGUUGUGCAUCUUGGGAGGCAGCUACUUGGAGCGACGCUUCGGCCCUGAUCAGAGCUGCAUGCGUCGGACUCUGUACGGAAUCUGCAGCAUCCUAACGACUUCAUUUCUUGGGAUAAUUAUCCUGGCUGAUUGUGGGAACAAGACUCUGGUCCUGCUAAUGUUUACACUCCUGAUGGCCUCCACGGAUAUGGGAUUCAGUGGCUAUUGGCCCACACUACUAUACUUUGCCCCCUCGUUCGCGGGACUUCUUUCCGGAUUAGCCAAUGCUCUGGCUCAUCUGACUGGAUUUCUGGCGCCGUAUCUCGUCGCCGCCUUGGUGCAUACUGGAAGCAAGGAGGAAUGGAAUAUGGUACUGACCACUCUCAUAGCCUUCAACACAAUGGCUAUGCUUGUGUUUGGACUGUGCAGCAGUACUAAGCUCCAGCCCUGGGAUCCACGCAAUUGCGGAACCAAUGAGAGAUCUUCGUCUUCCGAAAAAAAUACUAGUUAGGCCUUUGUCUUAUAUUUACUAUACAUAUUUUUACGUGUUUGAGUUUAAAAAGCGCGCCAUAAAGCGUGUUUUUCUCUAUA